AUGAGUUUCAUAGUGGUUGCUCUUUCUUAAUUUGAAUAUGAGGAAUUGUUUGUUUGCUUACAAAAUCAGCAUAAAUAAUUUUAGGUAUACACGAGUCAUGAAUAUAUUAGUAGAACGUAAACUUUAGUGCCUUUUUUAUCCAGAAAACCCGGAAUACACAGUAUGUAUCCAAGAAGAAUUUGCCACUCGCAACAUGGCGGAUGCGCUGUCGUAUCAUUUUUACGGAGCAACGAGAUAUGCGCUUCCGUUUCAAAGAGCCACUGAGUUAUCGUAAAUUUGUUCGUGAAUUUAUUGAAGAGGGAAAAAAAAUAAAAAAUUUGACACUUUAAAUUCACUGCGACUUUUAAUAUGUAUGCAUUACAUUAUACAUAGUGAAAUAUUUUUUGGGGAAUGGGAGUUUUAAUUUUAAGUUUGAACGUCUUGGUUUUUGACGUAACAGUUUGUUACCGGUGAUCGCUUUACGGCAGAGCGUGCUGCUGGAGGUCAGGGACAUGAUCACACGAGAAUCUCGGUAGUUUCUUGGUAGUAAACGUUGAUUUCGUAAGAGAGAUUAUCCUGGAAUACAGAAUAUUCUCGCAUUGGAUAUUUUCUCCUGGUGUUAGAAAAAUCCAGCGGCACGUUUUUACUUUGUGUUACGACAUCUCUUGCUAAGGUUAGCCGCCUCGGCUCAGCUAGCUUCUUUUAGUUUACAGGCUCUAGUCUUAGUCUCCAGAGAGGGUUACAGCCAUGGACAACAACUCUCAGGGCUCGGGAGGAUUCAAAGGGGGGUUAGGGGGUCUGUUUGGUGGCGGGGGUGCUCCUGAAUACUCCAACACAGAGCUCGCCGGUGUCCCACUGACAGGAAUGAGUCCUCUUUCACCUUACCUCAACGUCGACCCUCGUUACCUGGUUCAGGACACAGAUGAGUUCAUUUUACCAACAGGGGCCAACAAGACAAGAGGGAGAUUUGAACUGGCUUUCUUCACCAUUGGAGGCUCAUGUAUGACAGGAGCCACACUGGGAGCUUUAAAUGGUCUGAGGAUGGGCUUGAAGGAGACGAGAGACAUGGCAUGGUCCAAACCUCGCAACGUACAAAUUCUGAACAUGGUGACCAGGCAGGGGGCUUCGUGGGCCAACUCUCUAGGCUCUGUCGCUCUGUUGUAUAGUGCUUUUGGUGUGGCGAUAGAGAAAGCCAGAGGGGCAGAAGAUGACAUUAACACGGUGGCUGCUGGCACGUUAACAGGGAUGCUCUUCAAAUCCAGCGGGGGAUUAAAGAGCGCGGCCCGUGGAGGUCUGGUUGGUUUAGCCGUAUCCGGUGCCUAUGCUCUUUACAACAACUGGGAUCAUCUCACCGGCUCCUCGCCCUCGUCCCGGCUCUACUAGCCUCUUCCAUGCUGUAGCUACUUUAUACUUAGGUCCAAGUAUCUGGAGGACACAGCCUUUAACCACAAACUGCUAGGUUUGAGUUAAAUUCGGUGUUCUUUUCCCGACUCUGUCACUCGCCCUGAAGCAUUCUGGGAAUUGAGAGAAAAGUUAAUUCCUCUGGAAAUCCAGAUCAUUUGUGUUAGUCCCGAUCAGUGAGGAUAUGGUAUGAAAUCCUGACACUUAGUUUUAUUGUUUAUGAAUGAGUCGUCCAUCUCCAGUGAUUCUAUGCUGAGAGAGUGUGCUGACAUUUAGGUUAAAUGAGCCAAUUUAUGGGACAGCACCCGGUGUGUGGUCCAGACGAGGUAUUUUCAGACUGAAAGACUCGCCACCUGUAAAAAUGGAACAAAUCCUGAUGGGCUGAUGACUUGUAUUUAUUAAAACGUAUGUUGGUGGUUUCUUCUCUGUGAGAGAGGAAGUCACUGUAAAGCUGUACCGGAACUGCUUACUUUUCAUGUUUCUCCAUCAAGUACGCUGUUUGAUAAAGUGAAAUAAAAUGAAAUGGAAAUGUUCACAAAUA